GAUAGCUUGCAAUCGCCUUCCUUCGUUUCAUUUGAUUUCUUCCUUUGCACAGAAAAAAACAUGGCUGUGGCCUUGGUGGGAGAAGCACUUCUCUCUGCCUUCCUUCAAUCGUUAUUUGAUAGAAUGUCAUCUCAGGAGAUUGUUGACUACUUUCGGGGACAAAAACUCACUGAUGGACUCCUAAGGAAGUUAAAGAUAGCAUUGAUGUCCGUAAAUGCAGUGCUCGAAGACGCCGAGGACAAGCAACUUACGAAUCCUAUUGUGAAAGAGUGGCUUGAUGAGCUGAAAGAUGCUGUCUAUGAUGCAGAAGACAUCUUGGAUGAGAUUGCUACUAAAAGCUUGCGACGCAAGUUGGAUGCUGAAUUUCAAAUCACUGCAAGCCAGGUACGAAACUCCACCUUUACUCAUUUCGCCAAUAAGAUAGACGAAAAGAUAAACAACGUACUUGACAGGCUAGAAUUUCUAGCAAACCAAAAGGAUCUUAUAGGUCUAAGAGAAGAUGUUAGAGGGAGACAAUCAGAAAGAUUGCCCACGACUUCUUUGGUUGAAGAAUCUGGUAUUUUUGGUCGGGAUGAUGAUAAGGAGGAAGUCAUUAAUUUGUUGCUCUCAGAUGAUCAUGCAAGUGGCAAUGAGAAUAUGUGUGUUAUUGCCAUAGUAGGGAUGGGGGGAAUUGGCAAGACCACCCUAGCUCAGCUUUUAUACAACGACAAUAGGGUGAAAGAGCAUUUUAACCUUGAAGCAUGGGUUUGUGUUUCGGAAGAAUUUGACGUGUUCAAGAUAACUAAAACACUUCUGGAGACAGUAACUUCAUCAACUUGUGAUAAUAAAGAUCUAAAUCGGCUUCAAGUUACACUAAAGGAGAAAUUGAUGGGGAAGAAAUUCCUAUUUGUUUUAGAUGAUGUUUGGAAUAAGAAGUAUACUGAUUGGGAGGUCUUAAGUUAUCCCUUUAAAUUUGGGGCACAAGGAAGUAAAAUUAUUGUAACAACACGCGAUGACGGUGUUGCAUCAACUAUGCGAUCCAUUGUAACUCAUCGUCCGAAGAAGUUACUAGAAGAAGAUUGUUGGUCUCUAUUUGCAAAACAUGCAUUCCACAAUGUCAACUCUGAUCCACAUCCCAAGCUAGAAGUAAUAGGUAGAAAAAUUGUGAAAAAGUGUGAAGGUCUACCUUUGGCUGUCAAGACAAUUGGGGCUCUCUUGUGGUCUAAACUAGAUGUUAGCAUCUGGGAUAAGAUAUUGAAAAGCGAAUUAUGGGAUUUGUCAGUUAAUGAGACAGACAUUCUUCCUGCACUAAGAUUAAGCUAUAAAUAUCUUCCCUCGUAUCUAAAAAGGUGCUUCGCUUACUUUUCAAUAUUUCCAAAGAAUUAUGUUUUUGAAAAAGAUCAUCUAGUUUUAUUAUGGAUGGCAGAAGGUUUCGUGCAGCAAUCUAAAUACAAAACAUUGGAAGAAAUUGGUGAUGAUUACUUCAUGGCUCUUGUAUCAAGAUCGUUAUUACAACAAUCAAGUGGUGAUAAAUCACAAUUUUUAAUGCAUGAUCUUGUCAACGACUUAGCAAAAUUUGUGUCGGGGCAAUUUACCUUAAGAUUGGAGGGUAACUGUUCGCAUGAAGUUAUGCAUAAAACUCGUCAUUUAUCUUAUUUCAGAACACCAGUUGAUAGCUUUAAGAAGUUUGGGGCCCUUCAUGAGGCUAAGAGGUUGCGCACUUUCUUGCAAUUAAGUUUGUCAUGGGAUCCUACGUGCUACUUAGCUACUAAGGUACCACAAGAUCUAUUGUCAAUGCUUGGAUGCUUACGAGUACUCUCUCUAUCUUUCUAUGAGAACAUGACUGAGUUACCUAAUUCAAUUGGCAAAAUCAAACAUCUGCGUUAUUUAGACCUCUCUUUCACUGGAGUUAGAAGAUUGCCUGAUUCUUUAUGUGAGAUGUACAAUCUGCAAACGUUGAAGUUAUCAAACUGUUACUCUCUUACUACCUUGCCAAGAGAUAUGUGCAAACUCAUUAAUUUACGUCAUCUUGAUAUUACUAAAACCGAGAUAAAGAAGAUGCCGAUACAUCUGGGUAGAUUAAAAUGUCUUCAAACCUUGACUAAAUUUAUCAUCAGGAAAGGCAGUGGAUUUUGCAUUGGAGAGUUGGGAAAACUUGUAAAUCUUCGGGGAAAGCUUUCUAUAAUUGAUAUCCAAAAUGUUGAAUCUCCUAUGGCUGCUCUAGAUGCAAACUUGAAGGAUAGGAGCUGCCUUGAGGAGUUGGUGAUGGAAUGGAAUGCUAAUACUAAUAAUUUAGAAAGUCACGUUACUGUACUUGACAGUUUACGUCCCCAUGGAAACUUGAAAAGUCUCACUAUCAACUCUUAUGGUGGUAAAAGUUUUCCAGAAUGGGUAGGGCAUCAUUCAUUCUCUAAUAUAACAUCUCUUCAUCUAAACGAGUGUAAAAAUUGCUGCAGCUUGCCACCACUUGGGCAACUACCCUCUUUACAUGAACUCUUUGUUGUUGGGUUUGAUGAAGUUGUUACAGUGGAUCGUGAGUUUUAUGGCAGAGAUUCUUCAUCAAUUAAGCCAUUUGGAGCUCUAAAAGUUCUAAAGUUGAAGCGCAUGCUGAAGUGGGAGAAAUGGUCUUCUUUUAGUGCUGAAAAUGGAGAUAGAGCUUUUCCUCAUCUUGGAGAGCUUUAUAUUGAUAACUGUCCCAAGCUUACAGGAGGGCUGCCUAUCCAUCUCCCUUCUUUAGUCAAAGUUGAGAUCACUGACUGUCCGCAGCUGCUGGCUUCCCUCCCUAGGGCUCCUGCUCUAUGUGAAUUGAUUUUAAGGCAUUGUAAUGAGGUUCUGUUAAAGGAAUUGCCAAAUGGAUUGCAGAAGUUCAAAAUUAUUGGAUUGGAUGCGCUGAAGUCUUUACCGGAAGGAGUGAUGGACUCCAGCAGCUGUCUUCAAGAGUUAGAAAUCUAUCAUUGCUCCUCACUUGAGUCCCUUCCCAUGGGCAGCCGACCCUCUGUAUUAAAAACUCUUAACAUCUCAGGUUGUAUGAAGUUAGAGCUUCCAACACACCUAGACUAUUCGUCCCUUGAAAAAUUGUGGUUGUGUGAUUGUGAUUCUCUCAAGUCCUUUCCGAUAGACUCAUUCCCAAAGCUUUAUCAUAUCCGCUUAUGGGAUUGUAUGAAUCUAAAAUCUGUCACAGUUUCAAACCAGCAUGAACAUGAUCUGGUCACCUUGCAACUAGAAAUCGAAGAUUGCCCCAGUUUUGUAUCUUUUCCAAAAGGAGGAUUGCGUGCCCCCAACCUUACAUCGUUUUCAAUCUUGAAAUGUGGGGGUCUGAGGUCAUUGCCUGAUAAGAUGCACAUACUCCUUUCAUCUGUGAAGGAUUUGCGUAUAGAAGAUUGUCCAAAAGUUGAGUCAUUUCCUGAAGGGGGCCUGCCUUCCAAUCUGGAAUCAAUUUCCAUCUUCAAUUGUGACAAACUCUUUGCAAGUCGGAUGGGCUGGGGUUUGCAAAAACUCCCAUCUGUAAGAAUGUUGUCAAUUCGUUGCCAAUCUGAAGAUAUGGAGUCUUUUCCAGAGGCAGGGUUGCUUCCCACUAACCUGCCCUCUCUUCACAUCUCUAGAUCUGCAAAUUUGAAAUAUUUGAACAAUGAGGGGCUUCGACACCUCACCUCUCUAGAAACAUUGUCCAUCAGGGAUUGCCCUAUGCUCAAGUGUAUGCCAGAAGAUGGCCUGCCAGCCUCCCUUUCUCUUCUCAAGAUCUCCGGUUGUCCUUUGUUGAAAAAAGAGUGGCAAAGGAAAAAAGGAAAAGAGUGGCAAAAGAUUGCUCAUGUCUCCAGCAAAUUGAUUGAUGACCAAUUAUUGGUUGAAUGAGCAAAAACUCCCACUUUUCUGUUAUAAUAUCAACCUUUACGAUCAGCUCCUAAGAGAGCUCCAAAAUGGUGUAAACAUCUUGUUGGGGUGUCUUUUUGCUUUGGUGGCAAACUCCUACUGCAGGUUUUUGUGCACCACUUUGUUACUAAAGACAGUUUGUUCAGCCAAUUGGCAAAAUUGACUGAUACACCUUUGUCAAGCUGUCCUGAUGGCUCUGCUAUUGGGGAUACUGAAUAACAUUGACAAGCCUAUUUGAUGCUAAUGUUGUGCUUGUUUGUGCUGUUGUAAUUCCCUUUGCUGUUUCUGCUAAUAAGCGUGUUUAGCUGUGAAGGCUUUGGACAAUGCUCUUCUAAUCCGGAUACUGUAUACGAUGAGCAAGUGGGAUAAGUGCAACUUCUAGUUAGCAAAUCACCAAGACAAGGCAGAAUGACAUGUUGAAUUAAAGAAGGUGCAAAUUCUUGGAUUGGGAACUUUCUGUGAGUGGCUAUCUUCUUAGAGAAAUGAUCAAUUCUUUUGUGUGCACAAUAAUGGCUUCUUUAGAGUGCAGAUACUAGAAUUUGGUUCUUCAUUCUUCAUAUUCAAUUUAAAGGUUAUCUUUGGAAGCUGUAAGCUGAGAUAGUUCUUAGGACAUUGAUGUACUGUUACUUAUUGUUUUUCAUUUAAAUACUUCUUGUAUUGAUAGAUGGUGCCCUUUUUUUUUUGAAUAAAAAUUUCAUAGGUGGUUUU